AUGACAACCCUUCUAUCGACCGUUUUAUUCGCAAUUUUACUCACCUCUGUGUACCCUUUGAAAUGUUAUGAAGGAGAAACGAAUGGAAUAGAAAAACCGACGCAAAAGAAAGACUGCACGCCUUUGCGUUCUCGAUUCUGCGUCAAGGCACGAGCUGAAAUUAAUGGAGUGGCAGCGGCAGUUUAUGGAUGUGCAACUGAUCAGCAGUGCUUGACUAAUGGUUGUACAUCUAUAUCCACAAACAAAAUAAAAUGUUGCUGUGACAAGGACUUUUGCAAUUUAUCUUCGACCUUCUCAAUUACAUUAAUCAUUUUAGCGAGAAUUCUUGGCAGAUGGCAGGUCCCGAAGGACAUGGCGUCGAACGAUGAGCCAUUAGAAAGGUCUGUAGUUCGUCGAUUGUCGUCUCUGAUCCCUUCAGAGCUUUCUCGAGCCAUCUCACGUGCAGCCGUAGCAGAACCUACUGUCACAGCAUUACACUCGAAGGAGAUCUGUGACAAUGCAGAGUUUGCGGUGUUCAGCUAUGAGCCACCAGAAAUAGAUGCGAAUAAAUGGAUGGGAAUGUUGCAUACAAUGGUAGAGUCAAAACGACUUGAAGCACGGUUCGCGGGACUCUAUGCGGUUGUGCUCGAAGCGGUGCUGUGGAGGACAGCGGUUAGGAUCAAACGAAAGCGGAUGCAAACGGCUGAUGGAUUUGGACAUGAUGGUGGUCCGACGGUUGGGGCCGUACCUCCUCCAGGGUCGCGACUUGCUAAAUAUCUUGGAGGCAAUCGAGCAGGAGGAAGCAGUGGAUUGCACUUGAAUGCAAACGUGCCAACAUUCAUCCCACAAUUCGCCCAGCUAGGACUCGGUGACAUGCAGCAACCUCCACCCAGUGCAAAACCCUCUGGAUCCCAUUCGCCGUUUACACCCAAUCGUGCACCUCCUUUUCAUCCCGGCAAUACGUCCGCUUCUAAUCACACCGAAGGGUUGCCGCCAUACCAGGAGAACCACGGCGGAACAACAUAUUUCUUUCAUGCUCCACAAACAACACAAUCUUUGAGCGCAGCUGAUUCAAAUGCAGGAAACCCUCGUGUCAGCAGCGCAUCAGGAAUUUCCAUACAUGACCAAGGAAUACCGGAAAACCACACUAUUGUUAACACAAAUGGUAGCUUUUCUUAUCAAGGACCUGUGCCACACAUUGGGAAGUUUCGACCAAAAGGAGUUGCUGGAAAUAACAUGGCCCAAUUUAUUUCGCCGGAUGUGAAAAUGGAAUUGGUUCAUCGACAACUUGCUAUGGAAGCAACUGCUGAUCCCGCUAUAUAUUCGGAUUUGCCUCAACAGGUUGAACAUUUAAAUCAUUUGGUGCCUUUGGAACAGAUUAAUCAACACCAUGCAACUCAGUCCGUGUAUAAAGCCAUUUCAGUCAGGGAUGGUGUAACAUACUGUAUACGAAGAUUACAUGGUUUCCGCAUUUCAUCUCCAAAGCAACUGCAACCUCUGGAAACGUGGAAGAAGCUAAAUAACGUUAAUGUCGUUCAAUUACGUGAAGUCAUCGUCAACUGCAAGUCGUUCGGGGACAGUUCGGUUGUCUUGGUUUAUGACUACCAUCCGCUAGCUGAUUCACUGAGAACUCGCCACUUCGGACGCAUGCUCGGAAGCGGUUUCAUAGAUGGAAUUACAGGGGCAAAGAUUUCGAGUCAAAUACCUGGUCAUACUUCAACGCAGAUGCAGCAGGGCGCAGGUGUGGUCGAAUGGUUGUUGUGGUCUUAUGUCAUUCAGCUGUCGUCUGCUUUGAGAGCCGUUCAUGCAAAUGGUCUCGCAUCAAGAUGCAUUGAUCUCUCGAAAAUUCUUGUUCAUGGAAAAAGCAAAAUACUCUUGAGUUGUGGUGGAGUAGCUGACCUGCUUGCCCCUGAUACACAAGUACAACAACUUCAGAUGGAAGACCUACAUGCUCUUGGGCGUGUUUUGUUGGCCUUAGCCACUGGUAAUGCUUUCUCAGCGCGUCGAGAUCUUGUACAGCAGAGCAUGACAUAUGUGACAAAUCACUACAGUAAUGAUAUGAAGAAUUUGAUAAGUUUCCUUCUGUCUUCCUCGCCGUCAGGACGCAAGUCCAUAAAUGAGAUCAUGCCAAUGAUUGGAGCGCGCUUCUACUCACAACUGGAAAGCGCCCAGAUGCGCAAUGACAUGUUAGAGAACGAACUCAGCAAGGAGUUGGAAAAUGGUCGAUUAUUCCGUAUUCUUGCCAAGAUUAAUACAAUAGUAGAACGACCCGAGUUCAACUUGGAUCCGUCGUGGUCGGAAACUGGAGAUCGCUUUAUGAUUAAGUUGUUCCGUGACUAUGUUUUUCAUCAGGUGACGGAAAGUGGCAAACCGUGGAUGGAUAUGGCGCAUAUUGUACAGUGUCUUAAUAAACUUGAUGCGGGUGUAUCCGAAAAGGAGGUGCCUCGAAACAGCUUUCAGAGAAUUGUCCACUAUGCCUUCAGUUGUUCCGCGUCAUUAGUGUUGUGCGUGGAUCUUUUUAGUGUUGAAGAACUCGUCAUGGGUGCCAACAGUGCACUGAUUCCACCGAUGCGGCCGUUUGCGCAUUGCUUGUGCGUUGUAUUACUGGCAGUGGGUGCUGCAAGCAACGAUGACUCUGAGGGUGAAAAGACCGUCUUCGUUCCAUCGCAGUUUGUUUCACCAAAACUCACCACUAAGCCGCAAUUUUUUGACUACUUCCCAACAAUAGAUGCAAUUGGCAAACGGUGGAUACUCAGUACAGCCAAAAAAGAUGGAGUGGAUUCAGAGAUCUCAAAAUACAAUGGAAAAUGGGAGAUUGGAACAUCUUCUGAGGUGUCCAUUGAGGGUGAUUACGGACUUAUUGUUCGUACAAAAGCCCGCCAUCACGCGAUCGCUGCUAGUUUGGACAAACCAUUCACAUUCGCAGACAAGCCAUUAGUUGUACAGUAUGAGGUCCGUUAUGAAGAAGGUCAGGAGUGCGGUGGUGGUUAUUUGAAAUUAUUGAGUUCAGGCGCUGAAAAGAACCUCGCAUCUGUACAGGACAAAACACCCUACACCAUAAUGUUUGGUCCGGACAAAUGUGGAGCUACCAGCAAAGUUCAUCUCAUCUUCCGCUACACCAAUCCAAAGAAUGGGUCAACUGAUGAGUACCAUGCCAAGCAACCAUCGAGUCUUGGAACCACUUACUGGGAUGAUCACCAGACACAUCUCUACACGUUAGUGGUGAAACCUGAUGGUGCCUUUACAGUAUCAGUAGACCAGAAGCAAAUAAUGUCUGGAAAUAUGCUCAGCGAUCUUGUGCCAUCACUUCAACCCCCGAAGGAAAUCGCUGAUCCCAGUGAUAAAAAGCCAGCUGACUGGGAUGACAGGCCUGAAAUCGAAGAUGAAUCAGCUGUAAAACCAGAUGACUGGGAUGAAAGCCAGCCGCGUGAAGUUGUAGACGAAAGCGCAGUGAAACCUUCAGAUUGGCUAGAAGAUGAGCCAGAGCUCAUUCCCGAUCCAGAAGCAUCGAAACCGAGCGAUUGGGACAAUGACAUGGACGGGGACUGGGAGCCACCUAUGAUUGAUAAUCCAGCAUGCAAAGGUGUCAGCGGUUGUGGUCCAUGGAAGAAGCCUCUGGUCCCAAAUCCGCUGUAUAAGGGAAAGUGGGUGCGCCCAAAAAUCCCCAAUCCUGCUUUCAAAGGUGUAUGGGCUCCUCGUCAGAUCGAAAACCCAAACUACUUUGAACCUAAACCAUUCCAAGGCUUGGCACCAAUCACAGUUAUUGGCAUCGAGUUAUGGACUAUGAGCCAAAACAUCAUUUUCGACAACAUUCUCGUUUGUGAAUCUGAGGAAUUGGCUGCCGAUGUCGCGAAACAAACUUACACAGUUCGACGAGCCGAAGACCAACGACUGGCUACAAGCCAAGGCAAAGGAGCUGGAAUUGUGCAAGGGAUUGUAGAUGCUGCAAACGAGCGUCCAUGGCUGUGGGUGGUAUAUGUACUCUGCGUGCUGAUCCCUAUAAUAUUAAUCGGUGUGUGUUGCUUUGGCCGCAAGUCAAAUGCGGAUAUCUCCGGUCAGAGAAAGAAGACUGACACACCUGAGGCUGACGAUGAAGUGCCGAAUCUUGUCGAUGAUGACGAAGAUGAGAAAGAUGGCGAGGAAAUUGAGGAGGCAACAGAUGUGGUGAAACCUAGUCCAAAGGGAAGUCCUGCACAACUUCCGAAAGAACAUCAAGCCAUGAAGGAUAUCGAAGAUGAUGAGGGCAGUAUCAGCGAGCCGGAGGUUGUAGAUGCUGAACCCGAGGAGGCCAUGAAGAAAUCUCCUACGGUCACGAAGAGGCGUGUUAGAAGGCAGGAUUGA